CAACAGUAGACGCAGAGUCUAGCGUUCACUUUGCUAACGUGGUCGACGGUUCGACAAUUCAGUUGAUUUUAGACCACGAUGCUGCGAAGAAGGUCUUCGGCUUCCCUCUGCGCCCUCACAUUGGCCGCCAUGUGCAUUUCGCCAGUUCGCUCUUGGAUCGACACAUACAAAUCCGAUAUACACCCCGGUGUACAGUGAUCAUCACCCCCUUCCCCCAAGACUGAAGCAUCAUUGACUGCUCGCAGAGUAUCCAGGUAGCUGCUACGACGCUGAUUCUGGGGCUAUCUUGACGCCGGGCGUAACAAUGACCUUGGCUGGAGGUGUUGGACGAUCGCCUGGAGAACAUUGUGUCAGCAAAACUUGCAUCAGGUCAUCCGGACAUUCAACGAGGAACGACGCUCGACCGGAACUUCUUGUCAAGGUUGAGAGGUGUACGCCGAUCAAGGAGAUAGACGGAUGUGAAAUAAUUCCUGGCCUCGAGGACGUAGUCUACCCCAGUUGCUGUCCAAGAUUAAGAUGCAUUUCGCCUCCGCAACCUCCGCUCAUCCCUUCGCUUCAAAAAUCACCGACGAUAUCGCCAAUCGUUGUUGUCUGAUACACUUUGCACUGGAACUUAUAAUUAGUUCAUUCUUGUACAUAUUGUAUUUAUAAUAAACUAAUAUUACUCAUAAA